AUGUGCCGGUCCACUGUUGAAAAAGAAGAGAUCUUCCUUAGCCAAAACGCUACUGGUGGAAACAAUGACGCAACUCUAAAGGGAAUUGGAGGUCAUCUGGAGCGACUGAACACUGUCACGUGGAUCAUCCUUGCGUUUUAUAAUGAAUACAAGUCUAAGCUCCUCAGGAGGGUAAAAAAACAAAAGGCCGAAAUUCAGGCUACAGGAGGUGGCCCCGCAGCUAACAUCACCUUGACACCAUUACAGGAGCGACUGUAUGAUAUUAUUGGUAGAGAUGUUGGGGAACCUCUAGAAGGUGUCCGUCACAAUCCCCUAUUUACAUAA